CCUUCAAACCCUGCACCAGAUCAGCUUGACAGAAACAUUGCAGUACAUUUUUUUAGACCCCGCCCCUUUAGCACUAUUAAUAACAAGUGCAGUAACUCCAGGCAGUGCGGCGGGCAUUAAUCCACAUAUUAUCCCAUGGAGUAAGGAUACGGGACUAAUCUUCUUAACAAAAAAAAAAAACGGAUUGCUGACUCAAUGUGGGAUCAGUAGGUCACCCAGCUGAUAAUUUAUGACCUCCAAAGCGAGGCUUCCCUGCAGUGUGACCCGGAUGAAAAAUGAGCUCGAGCUUCUUUCGUCAUCUGUGGGCGUGGCGUACGGUGUUGAUCCUGCUUUUGACCCCUCUUCUACUUCUACCAAUCAUCCUGAUCUUAGGCUCAUCGGAAGCAAAAUGUGCCUAUGUGGUCAUCCUAAUGGCGGUGUACUGGAUCACGGAGUCCCUCCCAGUGGGCGUGACGGCCUUGAUCCCAGUUUUUCUGUUUCCGGUUUUCGAAAUCAUCUCAUCCAGUGACGUAGCAGCCCAGUAUAUGAACGAUGUAAACAUGCUGUUUAUUGGAGGGUUGAUGAUCGCCAUUGGCAUCGAGUACUGGGAGCUCCAUAGGCGUGUCGCACUCAUGGUUCUCAUGUGGGUGGGGGCUGAACCUAGGUGGCUGAUGCUGGGCAUGAUGCUGGCCACCUGGUUCCUGUCCAUGUGGAUCUCUAACACGGCCACCACGGCCAUGAUGAUCCCCAUCACAGAGGCUGUGCUGGUACAGCUCAAGGGCACCGGGCAGAAAACUGUAGGACAGGGCAGCGGGCAGAAAGCUGAAGAUCCGGAUAACUUGGAGCUGAAAGUAGUGCUGCAGGAGAACGGUAAAGCGGCGGAUCACUACGACGUUGAAAGCAACGAGAAGUACUCAAACUCCAGACAUAAGGAGGACAAAUCUGUUGCCAGUAAAACUCCCGCCUCACAAGAGAAAGCCACACCGUUAGAGGAACCGGGCGAAGACGAGGACGACGCCCACUUUAAAAGGCUCUGCAAAGGGAUGUCACUGUGUAUCUGCUACGCGGCCAACUCGGGCGGUAUCGCAAGUCUCACCGGCACGGGGCCCAAUCUGGCCCUCAAGGCCCACGCUGACACAUUGUACGAAAAAAGUCACCUGUCUAACCCAGUGACGUUUGGCACCUGGAUGGCGUUUGGUCUGCCCCUGUCUGUACUGGUCCUCCUCGUCUGCUGGUGCUGGUUACAGGUGGCCUUUCUAAGAUGCAGAGGGGCAUGCAGCUGUUGCAGUAAGAAGAAAGACAGCGACCAGUCUAAAAGAAUAAAAGCAGUCAUUAGUGACGAAUACAACAAACUGGGACCACUAGUGUUCGGGCAGGUGAUGAUCAUUAUUCUGUUUGUGGUGCUGGUCACUUUGUGGAUAACACGUGACCUCGGAGGCGUGGCCGGAUGGGGAACUCUCUUCAAGCCCGAGGUCAAAGAUGGCGCCGCAGCCAUCUUGAUUUCCGUCCUGCUGUUUGCCCUCCCCUCCACCCUCCCGUGUUUGAAAAGCUACUCCGACCCGGCGCACCCUCAGAAGUGGGAGAGGGCAAAGUUCAAGGGCGUGGACAGCGAGCUGGUCCGGUUUGGACCUCUAGAGAUCCGCCCUCUGCUCAACUGGAAGGUUGUCCACGAGAAGAUGCCCUGGCAUCUGUUUCUGCUGCUUGGUGGCGGAUAUGCCCUGUCACGUGGGUGUGAGAAGUCCGGCCUGUCCCUGUGGAUCGGCACCCAGCUGUCCUUCCUGAGUGGCUGGAACCAGUGGGGCAUUCUCUUCAUCAUCUGCUACCUGACCGCAGCACUGACCGAAGUGACGUCAAACACCGCCAUAGCCACACUCUUGAUGCCCAUCAUGUCUCAGCUGGCUCUCACCACAUGUGUCCAUCCACUGUACUACAUGCUACCCACUGCCCUCUCCUGCUCCUUCGCCUUUAUGCUGCCUGUAGCCACGCCCCCUAACGCCAUUGUUUUCGCCUACGGGAGAAUUAAAAUUGCCGACAUGGCAUCCACUGGUCUAGUGUUGAACAUCCUUGCCGUCCCCUGCCUGAUUGCCGUGACUGGAACUAUAGGCAACGCCAUCUUUUCUUUUGACGACAUCCCAGCAUUCCAAGGAUUGAACUCGACCAUCUGUGGUCACAACCUCAGCUAUGUCGUCCAUUCCAUCUAGGUACAGACUGCUGGGCACAUGUUGUUAGACUAGAACCAGAUACAUGUUCCUGGCACGAGUUGUUAGACUAGAACCAGAUACAUGUUCCUGGCACGAGUUGUUAGACUAGAACCAGAUACAUGUUCCUGGCACAAGUUGUUAGACUAGAACCAGAUACAUGUUCCUGGCACGAGUUGUUAGACUAGAACCAGAUACAUGCUCCUGGCACGAGUUGUUAGACUAGAACCAGAUACAUGUUCCUGGCACAAGUUGUUAAUGUUGUUAAAUCAAAACGAGAUAAGGCCUACAUGUUCAUGGCACAAGUUGUUAGACUAGAACCAGAUACAUGUUCCUGGCACAAGUUGUUAAUGUUGUUAAAUCAAAACGAGAUAGGGCCUACAUGUUCAUGGCACAAGUUGUUAAAUUAG